GUUUCCCCACGUUUGGCUGAGACGAGUGCUUUGAAUAAAGGUGCUCCUCCAGCCCCUGUGUCUGAACUUCAGGAGUCCAUCCCAACACCAUACAGACCAGACAUAAACCAUGGUAGAAGUUAAGAACACCGCAAAGACCUUCAAGCUCAACACGGGGUACUCGAUCCCCGCCAUCGGCUUGGGAACAUGGCAGUCCAAGCCCGGCGAGGUCGAGAAGGCCGUCGAGGCUGCCCUGCGCGCCGGCUACCGGCACAUUGACACGGCGUUUGCCUACGGCAACGAGAAGGAGGUCGGCCAGGGCAUCCGGGCGUCGGGCGUGCCGCGGGAGGAGAUCUUCCUCACCACCAAGCUGGACAACCCGUGGCACAAGCGCGCCCCGGAGGCGCUCCAGAGGUCGCUGGCUAACUUGGGGGUGGACUAUCUCGAUCUGUACCUGAUGCACUGGCCGUCCAGCACCGACCCGGAGGACCUAAGCAAGCACUACCCCGACUGGGACUUUGUGGAUACGUGGCGCGAGAUGCAGAAAUUGAUGGACACGGGCAAGAUUCGGAGUAUCGGAGUCAGCAACUUCGCGAUCAAAAAUCUUGAGCGGUUGUUGAAUGACCCGAGCUGCAAGGUAUGUGGACGCCAGGCCGGCGUUGGGUGUUCCGUCCUGGUCGCUGACCACGAGUGCGAACAGAUCGUGCCUGCUGUCAACCAGAUCGAGCUUCACCCAGGUAACCCGUCGCCCAAACUCGUCACCUACUGCGCGUCCAAGGGCAUUCACUGCUCCGGGUACUCGCCCCUGGGCAGCGCCGACUCGCCGCUGUACAAGAACGAGACGAUCAAGUCGAUUGCGCAGGCCAAGAACCGCAGCGCUCAGCAAGUUCUUCUCAUGUGGGGUCUCCAAAAGGGGUGGAGCGUGCUGCCCAAGACGGUCAACCCUGACCGGGUUAAGGCCAACUUUGACCUGGACGGCUGGAGUUUGACGGACGAGGAGGUGGCUAAGAUCGACGCGAUCCCGGAUCGUUUCAAGGUCUGCGGCGACGCGUGGCUGCCGGUCAAGGUGUUCUUUGGAGAUGACGAGUGAUAGGACUUGAAAUUCUCGUCCUUUUGUGGUUGCCGUCCCAAAGCCGAAUCACGUUGCUCUUGCCAAAGUGUCACAGAGGCGUUACCCGGGAUGCUUCUCCU